AUGAGGGUGAAGCGCAUCCUAAUUGACACGGGGAGCUCGUCUGACAUAAUGAGCAUGGAAUGCCUCAACCGCCUAGCACAUGACCCCAAAACCAUGGAGAGCAUACACUAUCCCAUCAUUGGUUUUGGAGGAAGCAUUAUACACCCUGUAGGCGUCAUCACUUUGCCGGUUCGAAUUGGGGAUAGAAAAAAUGGACGGAAGAUGGAAGUGAACUUCCUAAUUGUUAAGGAAUUGACAGCAUACAACGUCAUCUUGGGACGACCCACCCUGAACAAGAUUAAAAUAGUAGUCGUCACCCAUCUGAUGCUUUUGAAGUUUGUAUGCGAUGAUGGGGCGAUAGGAACCAUACAUGGAGACCAACAGCAAGCAAGAGACUGUUACCUCACAACCCUCAACCCGUCAGCAUGGAAGAAAGAUUCGGCCGAAGCCAGAAGCAAAAGAAAGCAUGAAGAAGAACUGCCAGCCGCCAAUGAGAGUAAACCAGCCAAACUAGAACCAGUCAAGAUAGAGAAAAGUGGCUGA